AUGGGAUUGAUAAAACAUGUUCCAUGUUGGUCUAACGUGGAUGGUUUGGACUUUUUGUCCGUCAAUCCAACAAGAGACGAAGUUUCCCAUUAUAGAGUUAAACUAGAUGUAGAUUCAGAUGAGUCGAUAGUGAAAUUGAAUACAGUCAAGGACUUCGGAAAUAUUACAUGCCUAGACUAUUCCAAAACGGAUGACAAGAUGGUCGCAGUGGGUGAGAAAAGUGGUAUUCUUAGACUAUUCAGCAUAUCGGAAACAGAUGAUGAGUACAACGGAUUUGAUCUUCGGGUUAGAGCUAAACAACAGCGGACCAUCAACAGUUUAAGUGUAAACACCAAUGGAUUGAUUGCCAUGGGUUUGGAACGUAAUAAACAUGAUGCUUCCUUACAGGUUUGGGACGUCAAUUACCAAAGUACUGAAUCCAAUAUGAUUACACCAUCUUUUUCAUACUGUGUAAAUGAAAGCAUUGUUUCAUUGAAAUUUGUGGAUGACACCAGUAUUUUGGCGUCAAGUACUAAAUUGUUGAAAGAAAUUGAUCUUAGAGUUCCUAACCCUGUAUAUCAACAUCCAACUCGAAUCUCGUAUGACAUCAAAAUAAACCCUUUCAAUCCAUGGCAGUUCUCGACCUAUGCUGAUGAUGGAACUUUAGCAUUUUGGGAUCGAAGGAAACUAGCAAGUAUUUCUGAUGAUCCGGAAUAUUUAGAAGCUCAACCACUUCUUAAAUUUGACAAACUUGUUGGCCAUGGAGCGGCAUCGAGAAAAUAUAUGAAUUCUUGUUUCCGUUGGUCACCUUUAAGAAACGGUGAGUUUUCGACUUUACACUCAGGUGCUUCAAUUAAGCGCUGGAGGUUGGCAACGGUACCAGAUUUACAAUCAGGAAAUGAGUUGAAUGACUCCUUAUUUGUUUCGACCGUCACUGAUAUAAAAACAACUUAUGACCGUGUAGUCACUUUUGAUUACAUUCCAACCGAAAAUGGGAAGACUAGUCUUCUUUGUAUGCGGCAAUCAGGGACAAUAUAUCGGAUGAAUGUUGAACACGGAUUUUCCAAGUCAAAAAUUAACAAUUACAAUAGCAUCAUGUCCAUCUCCGAUGAUAACAGCAACGCAAAUGAAUUAAGAAUAACUGGUGAAGAUGAAAUAUCUAUUUUCGAUAACUUAGAUACUGGGUUACUGAAUCUAUCAUUCGAAGACUUGGAUACAGGUGAUGAUUUAGAUUUAUCAGAUACAGAAGAUAGAAACUCAGUAAACAGUCUUGAAAAUGGUCAUACAAGCGAUUCUGAAGAGGUAAAUGAGUAUUUUAUCGAUGCUGAAAAACUGCUGCAGAAUGAUAUCAGUUUCAUUAUGCGUAAGCGUGCUAGCCUCGGAUAUGGUUUGGACCCCAUGAAAACUGUUGAAAUGAUUGAUAAAUCAAGGCUUUUCAACAAUAACAUUUAUAUUAGAAAUACCUGGAGAUGGAUGGCCAUAGCUAAGGCGUCCAUUGACGAUGGGACUAUGGUUUCUGGUGAUUUAGACCUUGGUUAUGAAGGUAUUUUAGGGAUAUGGAAUGGUCUCGAAGGCCUUUCGAAUCAGAAUAGAUAUCGUUCAGGAGGAAUGCUUACAGAAAAACAAUUGAAUAAAGAAUUAGAUAAAAUUAUCAAGAUGAGAAGCAAGAGCAAAAACAAAAUCGGAAAUGUUUCUAGUCUAAGUUCCUCAUUGAACUCAAAGAAAUCCAUUCAGAGAAAAUUGUGCAUGAUAAUAAGUGGAUGGGAUUUAUCACCCGCAGACUAUGAAGAAAAAUACAAAGCUUUGAUUGAUUUGAAUCAUUAUGAAAAGGCAGCAGCAUGGGCCGUCUUUUUUGGUGAUGUACAAAGAGCAAUUUCUAUUUUAGGAUCCGCUAAUAAAGAGCGUCUACGACUAAUAGCUGCUGCCAUUGCAGGGUACCAAGCAUAUAGUGAAAAACCCGGUGAUAAUGCAUGGAGGCAGCAGUGUAGAAAGAUGGCCGCCGAACUAGACGAUCCCUAUUUAAGAGUAAUAUUUUCUUUCGUUGCCGAUAACGACUGGUGGGAUAUCUUGUAUGAAAGUGCAAUAUCUCUCAGAGAGAGAUUGGGUGUCGCUUUGAGAUUUUUGAACGACACAGAUUUGACGAGAUUUUUGGAGAGGACUGCAACGACUGUUAUUGAGAAUGGUGAGUUAGAAGGUCUAAUAUUGACCGGAAUUACGCCAAGUGGUAUUGAUCUCUUGCAAUCAUACGUGGGGAAAACAAGUGACGUUCAAACUGCUGCAUUAAUAUCCGUAUUUGGAUCUCCAAGAUACUUCAAGGAUCAAAGAGUUGACGAAUGGGUCGAAACGUAUCGCUAUAUGCUAAAUUCAUGGGAGUUCUUCACGAUGAGAGGCAAAUUUGAUGUUCUUAAAAUGAAACUUUCUAGGACAAGCGAUGGACGUAUCAGUUCACAAGUAAAACCCCGCCAGAUGUAUUUGCAAUGUUCAAAAUGUAAAAAGAACAUCAAUAAAACCUCCGAAAGUUCGUCAAGCACAAAUAUGGCAAGGCAUAUAAGCCAAAACGUGAAUGGCGCCAAAAAAUUCGGCCUGAACAAUACAAAUAACGAAACACCGCAACAAAAACACUCUUGUCCACACUGCGGUACUUCAUAUCCAAGAUGUGCUAUAUGUCUCUUGCCAUUAGGAACUUCUAACCUUCCGAUUGUUAUCAAUGGUACAACUAACUCUUGCGAAGUAAAUAUCGAUCAGAACUCAAAGAUCAACGAUUUAACAGAAAGGAAAAGAUUGAGAAUGAAUGAGUGGUUCAGCUUUUGUCUAAAGUGCAAUCACGGAAUGCAUGCAGGACAUGCGGAAGAAUGGUUUGAGAGACAUUUCAUAUGCCCAGUGCCAGGCUGUUCCUGCCUAUGCCACCAAUAA